AAAAAUUCUAGAAACUGUUCAGUUCAAAUCAAAAUUAUAGGUUCAAACAUCUUGUCAAUGUAACAAUAGUUAAGAGAUGUAAGAUAGCAAUAAUUUUUCUCUCAUGUGCCAAGUGAGUAGUCCCGCCCCCAGAGUUACGCCAUUGGUUGAGCCAGUGUUGAUGUGUUGGGCUCGUCAGGAUGCUUAAACAAACAGAGCAAUGUUUUCAAAGCACUACGGUGUUUACAUUUUUUUUCUUGAGAAUGAACUGCAAUGGCUUACUUAUUGUUGGCCUCACAUUAACUUGAGAAAGUAUUUUAAAAUAAAAAGACCCACUUUAAGUUUAAUUAGCAACAUUGUCCUUAUCUGAACCAUGUUCUGUAUGCCGUUCCUUCAGUCCUGCACACUCUAGGCUUUAAAAGGACAUAUUGUUUGGAGAACACUGUCUGUCAGCAGACUCAUGGGCAUUAGUCAAGGUACUUCAGCCAAUUAAAUGAGAGAGGAAAAAAUAAUGCGUAAGCUUUCCGUAUUUAGACAGUCAUCAAUUUCUUUCUCAACAAAUGCUGUGACUGUCCUAAUUUCUUAAAACUAAGACAGGUCUCGUGGAUGAAUUAAAACCCCUACCUCGGUAGCCUGAGGCUGAAGACAUGCUCAGUAUGACCGAGAAUCCUGAUCAGGUUUUAUCAGUAGAAGCCCAAGCAGAAUCCAGUCCUUUUCCCUGUGUUUGAAUGAUCCUGAUAAAGUGCCAAUAGUUCUGAUUAGACAAGCCUCAUCCAACAAACAUUUAGAUUUUGCUUUGCUUGAUUCUUAUUCAGAAUACUUAAAACAUGUCAUACAUGCAUAAACAUAUUCCUAUAAUGAGCAAAAAAAGUUAUCCACUGCAGAAAAGCAGCAUAGUUUAAAGGUUUAGGGUUUGAUCACUGCCUAGAAACAUUUUCUAAUAUUAGAACAUUUGCUUGAUUUGCCCCAGCUUCUCUGGUGAUUCUUGAGCACAUGGCCAUAUGCUGCCCAAUAGGAAUACAGGAUUACCUUUUCCCUUCUGUAGCAACAGUGAGUUUCCUGCCUCGAUUCAUUAAUUAUUUUGUGCUCUGCCUUGGUCACAGUGUUUUGCAAACAGCUCUGCUCAGACUGAAUAAAGGGGAGAAAAGGAUGUGUACGACUCCGUCAGCCGCCGUCCUGCAGUCUAAGCCGUCUGCUUGACUGUAAAGAUGAGGAUUUCUCUCAGCAGAACUUUUUGUUUUAGCUUUCAGAAUGGACUUUUUCUUUUUUCCUGAAUGAACUCCAUCGUACAGUUCAGUAGUAUUACAUUAAAUACUUUAGUUCUAAUGAUGAAAAGGCGGAAAGGGGGAUGACGUGUUUCGGAGGGGGUGUUUCGGUGGUGUGAGGAUUGCGGGCUGUGGUUGGGUAUGUCAGUGCCACGUGUCUGCGCUUGCACCUCUCUUCUCCACACAGAGGAUGUCGGAUUGAGACCCUAGUGCGCCUAGUCAAAGUAGGUCAUCCUGUUACUCUGGGAGGAUCACAUCUUGAGAGGGAAUGUUGAGCAACCUGCUCUAAGACGACACCAGCUGAUUUGGCAAAUAAAUCUGUGAAGGACUUCAUUCUUUUUCUUUUCCCGAGCCUGAAUGAGCAUGCUGCAUUCCCUCUGUUCCAUCAUUUGGUUGAACCGUGGGUUCAAGUUGAGAAAAGUGGCCUGCUCGGCCAACACCGGUCAGGUCUAAGCUGUUGCUACCACGCAUGCCCGUUUAUGAGCUCCGGUCAGAAGUGCUUAGCUUUUAACCAAACGUCCCAAGGUACAACACCAUUUGCACCCUUGCAAAGUUUCAUCCUCAAUCCGACGCUCUUCUGCCUGGGUUGAUUGUCAGUUCAUACUCUGAAAAUGGCUGCCGAUGGCUUCCAGUACAGAUCUCUGUACUCCUACUCUAGCGACUGGGAGGAUGACAUUGACCUUGAGCCUGGUGAUGUCCUGACGGUCGACAAAGUGUCUCUGCUGUCACUGGGCAUCAAAGAGGGUGAGGAGGAGCACCCAGAAUGCAUUGGCUGGAUCUUGGGCUUUAACGAGCGAACCAAACAGAGGGGAGACUUUCCAGGGACGUACGUGCAGUAUGUGGGACCUGUGAAAAUGUCAGUGCCGUCUUGCCAGCCUCGUUCUCAGAGACCGCUUCCUGCUGUUCCCAGACCGGAGCCAACAGCCUCCUCGCAGGUUGCUGCAGUCCUGGACUUGACCAAACAGUUCACACAGGCGGAAACUGCUCCUCCUAAUCUUAUUAAGCUGGUCGAAGCAAUUGAGCGGACAGGUCUGGACUCUGGGGCACUAUACAGGACAUCCACUGCUUCAGCUUCUGACAGACAGAACCUCGCUGAGCUGCAGGAGUUGGACGUGGGACAGUGGGACAUUCAUGCCCUCUCGGAGGCAGUCAUUCGGUACCUGCAGGAACUUCCUGCCCCCAUCAUCCCUCCCUCUGUUUAUACAGACCUUCAGGCAGCAGUGCAGCUAGAAUCGGACGUCCCGUCCGCGAGGAGACGAGAGCAGCUGCUGCAGGUGCUGGAGAAGCCUGAAGUUCCACUGCAGAACCUCCUGACGCUGCAUUAUUUGCUCAGACAUCUGGAGAAGGUCUGCCAGCGUGGCGAGCAGAACGGCCUCGACAUUCACACCCUCUGCCAAAUCUUUGGCCCUCUGCUGAUCAGGGGCCCUGUGAGCGGGUCAGAGGAAGAUGAGGGGUUUCCUGCGGUUGCAGUUGAGAGACUUCUUUUGGAGAGAAUUUGGGAACAAGAGCCGACUCCUCCCGCUCUCCCUCCUAAACCGCCCAAAGCCAAAGCCAUGGCCUCAUCUGUGACCAAUGGAAACUGCAGCUUACUGAGUGAAGCUGAAUGGUACUGGGGCGACAUUUCAAGAGAGGAGGUGAAUGAGAAGAUGAGAGACACUCCUGAUGGUACGUUCCUGUUGCGGGACGCAUCAAGCAAAGUGCAGGGAGAGUAUACCUUGACCCUCAGGAAAGGAGGCAAUAACAAACUGAUCAAGGUUUUUCACCGUGGGGGGAAGUAUGGCUUCUCUGAGCCUCUCACUUUUCUCUCUGUGGUGGAACUCAUCAACCACUACCGGCAUGAGUCACUGGCCCAGUACAACGCCAAGCUGGACACUCGCCUGCUCGUACCAGUGUCUAAAUAUCAGCAGGAUCAGGUGGUGAAAGAAGACAGCAUCGAGGCGGUAGGAGAGCAGCUGAAGGUUUAUCACGAGCAGUAUCAGGAGAAGAGUCGUGAAUAUGAUGUACUGUAUGAAGAAUACACGCGCACGUCACAGGAGCUCCAGAUGAAGCGAACAGCCAUAGAAGCCUUUAAUGAGACCAUCAAGAUCUUUGAGGAGCAGUGCGAGACCCAGGAGCGCUUCAGCAGAGAAAGCAUUGAGAAGUUUCGCAGAGAAGGCAACGACAAGGAGAUUGAGAGAAUUCAGAGCAAUUCUGAGAAGCUGAAAUCCAGAGUGGCAGAGAUUCAUGACAGCAAGAGGAAGCUGGAGCUGGAAUUGAAGGGACAAGCUACAGACAAUCGAGAGAUAGACAAGAGGAUGAACAGCUUGAAACCAGACCUCAUACAGUUGAGGAAGCUACGGGACCAAUACCUUGUAUGGCUGACUCAGAAAGGCACCAAACAAAGGAAGAUCAACGACUGGCUGGGUAUAAAGAACGAAUCAGAGGACUUCUAUUCUCUGUUGGAUGAUGAUGAUGAUCAAGCACAUCACGACGAGGGCACCUGGUACGUUGGGGACAUCAAGCGCACACAUGCGGAGGAUCUCCUGAGAGGCAAACGAGACGGCACCUUCCUCAUCAGAGAGAGCCAGACCCAGAAGGGCUCCUUCGCCUGCUCUGUAGUUGUGGAUGGAGAGAUCAAACAUUGUGUGGUUUACAAGACGGCCACUGGUUUUGGAUUUGCUGAGCCCUACAACCUUUACGGUUCCUUGAAAGACUUGGUCCUGCACUACAAACACACCUCUCUGGUCCAGCACAACGACUCACUGAAUGUAACCCUGGCCUACCCGGUCCUCGCACAGCAGCCUAGAUGAGCACCACCACACGAGACCACCCAGGACACACAUAUAAAGCAUGAUUAAACGCAUUAUACGGAGCAAACUAUACUAACAGCGAACUUUUAUGUUUAUCGUAGAGAACAGAUAAGCACAGUAUAUUAUCGUAAGUAAACGUACGGCUUUUUUCGUAAGCCCAUAGCGUUCCGUAUCAAUCAUAGUCAGCUGCAGUAAUUACAGUGAGAUCACAGCUACUCUGUAUUUGUUGUCCCAACACAAGAGAGGAAAUUAAAGAGAGGAAAGUGUCACGUGAUUGGUGGUGUAGUCCUGGAUAUUUUCGUUGAGGACACGAGAUGAGGAAUUAGCCGAAAGUUGCAGCUGUUGAUAAUCAAUCUUUUAGCUGUUAUGUCACUGUGCAUUUGUUUGGUAGCUCGCUUCUGCCAACCAUAUAGAUUCCUCUUUAUGUGAGCUGUCCUAUAGAAGAUGUGAAACAAACCUUUUAUAUCUAUCUCAGAUGUGGUCAAGGGACACUGAAGUCCUUUUAGCUUCUGUUCUGCCUCUUUAAAGCUAGUCGUCAUGGUCAGAAUAAAUAGCCAUCAACAAUCGUGUGCUUUUCUUUGAGAUGGUCCACCACAGAGUUGGAAGUCUGGCAUCUUAAUGGUUUCUGUGGGCUGGUAUUGGUGCUUCCUGGUGCUUUAUUUUCGACUUGUAACGUGAGAAUGAUGCAUAGCUGUAGCGAACUGUUAAGAUCCAGAGCAGAACAAAGGUGAUCCCAAAGCAACAAAGCUCCCAGGAGCUUCCACUCGCUUCGAAAGGUUUAAAAAGGCAAAGCAGGUUAUUCAACAGGCACAAAAACGGAAUGGAAAACCCAUUUGUGAUAUAAACCGGGACAUGAUUAUAGAUUUUCGAGGAGAUUAUCAGGUGGAAUAUGUUAUGUUUGUAAUAGGAAAUGAGUCCUAAUGUUUGUUGGGUGUUUGUAACUGUACACCAUCCUGUGACUUCAGCUUUGCUGUGACUCAUAUAAUCAGAUGAUACACUGUUGUACCUGUACAUCAUACAGUCAGCUGGAUGAAAAACAUAUAUUUUUAGUGAGUGAUCAAAUGCUUUUUAUCAAGCAAGAACCAGAUAGCAAUUUUAUGUUUGCUGACUAAGAAACUGUACUUAAAUGAGACAUACUUGGAGAGGAAGUGGUUUAAAGUGCCUUCUGCCCAUGUGUCCUGGAGGAGCUUUCCUGUGAUUGGGGCAGUACAGAAUGCUUCACUUCCAUUGAUAUAUACUCCUUGAGCCCUACAACAAAGUUAAGCAAAUGCUAAACUAUAUCAAAUGCUUUGAAAGCACAACAACGCAAUUUUUUUUUAAUUAAACGCUUUUUGUUACAUGUCCAUUGUGAGUAUCAAGAUCAAGAAGACGAUGAUAAAUGAAAGGACCUCUUAUUUGUAGUGUUUAAUAUUAGCUUUUAAGCUUUUAAUUAGGUUUGGUCUUAACCAGUAUGCACUUUCUUGAAUGUCAUUUCAUUUGAGGUACCUUUUUAACAACAUUCAUUUUACAAGGUUGUGUGUUUAGGCCUGUUUAUACCAAGAACGGCAUUUAGUGAGAUAAACAUUUGACCUUGACUAAACCGCUGACAAACAUUUGCAUGCUGUUUUUUACAUAUAGGUGUUCUUAAGUGAUAAAAAAUUAACUAUUUACCCACUCUCAUGUUUUUUCCAAACAUGUAUGAAUUUCUUUUUGUUGAACACAAAACAAUAUAUUUUGAAAAAAUGUUUGUAACCAAACAUCUGCUGGUAGCCGUUGACUUCCAUGGCAUUUUUAUUCAUACAUUAUUUUAUUCAUAUCUCUUAUCUAUCGCACUGCGAAUAAAGUUGGCCAACCAAUAAGAAUCAGGCUUUUUAUUCACAUGCCCAGAGCCACUGCGGUUACAUGAAACUGAUUUGGCUACACUUGCAGACAAUACAGCAUCUGUAGAAGGCAGGGAUUUUUCUUGAUUUUCCAUAUACGCCACCUACUGUCAUAAAGAGAAAUAGCAUUUUCAUUUAGCACUCAUUGGUUUAAAUAGAACUGCAUUUUUGUUCCAGUCCUGGAAUUCAUCUUGGUAUAAACAGGCUUUAUUUUUUUAUUAAAGCUUCAUUCAAAAAAAGAAAGAAGAAAAACCUGCAUCCGUUUUUCUAGAAAGUUAGUCAAUCUAAAAGGCAAGUUGGAAUUAAAACUCAGUCAGAACUAGAAACUUUGAACUAGCCUGAAUCCUUUGCUUUUGACAUCCUUCUUUUAGAUUGAUUCAUUUAUGCUUAUAAAUCUGCCACAGACAUUAAAAUGAGGCAGGCUUUGGUUUCGUAAGCUUGUUUGUCGGUAUACGGUUUGUUUUGUCAUAUCGAUAGGAUGAAGUUUUUCUAUGAUGGUGUGGAGUGGAGCGAGAACAGAGACACCGGUUAUGAUUCCUUGAAUGUUCUGACUGACCGGCCUUUGUUUUAUUGAGAGCACAGAGAAUGAGCCAGAUGUGACGAGUUUGUGUGAGUUAAAACAGUGGAGUAAAAGCCUCUAAAUGCACUAUAGAAGCACAUUUUGAGGUGAUUAUGAAUGACAAUUAAUGAAGCUUGACAGCCUUUAUGAGCAACCGAAAUAGGUUUAGGUACACAUUUUAGUUACAGGCCUGUAGCGUCAGUGUGUGGGUCUGUUCUUUGUUUUGUUUUUUCUUUCUCUAAAUCCUUCUAAAGAGAGACUAAUUGUAUGUCAUUGUGUUUUUUUUUUUUUUUUUCUCUCAUUGUAAGUAAUGACCUUACAGAUUCAAAGAUAAGCUAGCUUGAAUAUCUCUCUUCCAUUCAGUACAGUUACAAAUGUUUACAGUAUCUAAUUAACCAAAUAGAAGAUGUGUUUUCAGACAUGCUCUGUCUGGUCCUGAAAGGAGUCUGUUAGACGGGGUUUCUUGUCUUUUUUUGCCUCUGUUUUAAACUUGAAGAUUUUGUUUUCAUUCUUUGUUCUCUUUAAACAGUGCUCCCUCACCUCACAUCGUAUUUUCUUCUGAAUAAAAAGGAAGUUUAAUGGUCUUUUAGGUUGCAGAGCAGGUUUGCCAGCAUUCUUCAUUUAAAUGUUUUUUUUUUUUUUGUUUUGUUUUGCGGUAGUAGACAUAUUUCUGUUUCAAGUUUCAAGUUACACUUGACUUAUAUGUAACUAACUUCCUUCUAUAGUCUCAGUCAGAGCAAGAACUAAAAUUAGCUGUUCUUUUUUCCUCUUCCGUCUUUCUACGACAAGAUGUACACUGAAAAGUAAGAUACAGCAGGGCCAAAUGUUUAAUAGACUUCUGUUUGUGUUCUAUUAUAACUUAGUGUAUGAAAUACAUUUUUCAUGCAUAGUGGUUAUGAUGUAAAUAUGAAAGCUUAGUUUAUCUCACAAUUCUUUAUUCUUUUAGGUACAUCUAAGGGGAAAAAAUCAGAAAUGUGAGAUAUAAAGUCAGACAUAUAUACUUGGAAAUAAAAAUCUGAUUGAAUUGAUUUCCCCUUUAGAAUUGUGAGAUAUAAACUUGAGAUAUAUAUAUAUAUAUAUAUAUAUAUUAGUUAGUUAGUUAUUAGUUUGUCUAGUCAGACACUUAUUUUUCUCAGAAUUAAAAAAAGAAUUUAGAUAAAAACUUUUAAAAAAAAUCCCCAUAGUGGAAAAAGCUUUCAUACAUAACCACUAAUUAACCUUUACCUCAUUAAACUAAAUGAUCACUUCCUGUCUUGUUUCUCCUGAGUGUGUGAAGUGGUCUGUUGAAGAUGAUGCACACCAAAGUGCCAUUAGAGCUGGAGGACGGGGAGCACUGUUUGUUACCCAGUACGUUUCUACUGGAUGUGUGUGUGCACAAACUAUAUGUACAUACUUUUAUUUCCUUUUACUUCUUCUGUUCUCUCCAAUCUGUUUUUGGGUGCAGAUUUUUCAGUGUACAGUUUGCAUCAGUGUUGUUUGUCUUUCAAACAGGUACACAAGCAUUACAGAGAUAUGGCUCUUUAAUAGGUAGAUGGAAUUAUUUUUAAGACAAUAAAAAGAUAUUGAGUCUAUUGCA